AUAUCGCAUUUGUCGAUGACUUGUGAUCUGUGUGUCCAUUGUGUGACAGUAUAGUCAUCGCCAGUCAUGGACUUCAGCGCCAAGAGUUUCAAGGGGUUGGUGUCGGACGUGGGAACCGUCUUCACGCGAGCCAAACAGUACGCCGAAGAGACGAUAGGAACCGCUGAAAAGACCGAAUUGGACGCACAGUUCGAGAGUUUGGCCGAAAGGGCCGACAGGACUAAGUUGUGGACCGAAAGGAUCGUCUCGAAGACCGAAUCAGUAUUACAGCCCAACCCAAAUACUCGUUAUGGAGACAUGAUUUUUGACAAAUUAGGUCCAGAGAAGAGGGAACGCAUGCGAAACCUGGAGUCGUUGGGCACCGACAUGAUCGACGCCGGUAUAGAGUACGGUCCGGGAACGGUGUACGGCUCGGCGCUCAUUAAAGUGGGCAAAGCCGAGCAAAAUCUGGGCCAAACUGAGCGCGAAUUCGUGGCCAACUCUGACAGAAGUUUUGUGCAGCCGUUGAGGAAGUUCUUGGACGAAGACAUGAGAACUAUAACUAAAGAGAGAAAGAUUUUGGAGACCAAACGGUUAGACUUAGACGCGGCUAAGAAUCGGCUCAGAAAAGCAAAGACUAUGGAAUCGCAGACUAAUGUUAAGAUUAAGCCUGAAAUGAUCGCUAAGGAAAUCGAUCAGGCGGAACAGGAGCUGAGGUUAGCUCAGGAGGACUUUGAUCGUCAGAUAGAGAUAACACGACUUCUAUUGGAGGGAAUCAGUGCCGCACACUCUAAUCACGUCCGGUGUCUCAACGACUUCGUGACGGCGCAGAUAGCCUUCUUCGCCCGCUGUAAUCAACACAUGUGUGAUCUUCAGCGGGAACUCUCAACCGGUGCCAACGUAUCGAGUAUUCGCGGAACUAUUAACGACUUAACCUCUCCUUCAGAUGACAAUAAACCGAGUUUAGCGCCGGGAAAGCGAUACGCAAAAGCUCUCUAUGACUACGACUCUAAAGACAGUACAGAGUUGUCACUCAUGGCUAACGAAGUGAUUAUUGUCUCGCAAUCUGUCGACUUGGAUGCCGAUUGGAUGGUUGGCGAGAGAGGUUAGACACGCGUUGCGUUUAAGCCUACAUUUACAGACCAUUUAGUAAAUUACAACCUAUUUUACGCCCGCAUACAGGCGCCCAGAAAGGACGACAGUCCCGUUGGCUUAUCUCGAGAUUCUUAACUAAUUGUAAACUAUAUAUACAUUUAAUUAUAAAUCUUUUUUAACUCUUAUUAACUUUUAGUCUUAUUUUAUAAUUUAAAAAUAAAUACUGAGUUUUUAUAUUUAAAAACAUCUAUUGAGAAAACUAAUCAAUGAAUUCAAAUCAAUAUUUCCAUUAUAUGUGCAAACAUUUAGAAAAGUUUUUUUAUGCAAU